GGCUUCGUUUCUAAGCCUUUUCUUUUUUCCUCCUAAUUUUGGGGUUUGGGUACCCCCACUGCUUUGAACUCCCGAGGACCUUCUGGGCCCCCACAUUAAUGAGGCAGCCACCUGGCGAGUCUGACAUGGCUGUCAGCGACGCACUGCUCCCGUCCUUCUCCACGUUCGCGUCCGGCCCCGCGGGAAGGGAGAAGACACUGCGUCCAGCAGGUGCCCCGAAUAACCGCUGGCGGGAGGAGCUCUCUCACAUGAAGCGACUUCCCCCGGUCCUUCCCGGCCGCCCCUACGACCUGGCGGCGGCGACCGUGGCCACCGACCUGGAAAGCGGCGGAGUCGGGGCGGCGUGUGGCGGCACCAAUCCUGCUCUCCUACCCCGGCGGGAGACGGAGGAGUUCAACGAUCUCUUGGACCUGGACUUUAUCCUCUCCAAUUCGCUGUCCCAUCCGGAGUCAGUGGCCGCCACCGUGUCCUCGUCGGCGUCAGCGUCGUCAUCGUCCUCCCCAUCGAGCAGCGGUCCUGCCAGCGCGCCUUCCACCUGCAGCUUCAGUUAUCCGAUCCGGCCCGGAGGGGACCCGGGCGUGGCGCCAGGCAGCACUGGCGGCGGCGGUCUCCUCUAUGGCCGGGAGUCUGUGCCUCCUCCCACAGCUCCCUUCAACCUGGCGGACAUCAACGACGUGAGCCCCUCGGGCGGCUUCGUAGCUGAGCUGCUUCGGCCCGAAUUGGACCCAGUGUACAUCCCGCCGCAGCAGCCGCAGCCGCCAGGUGGCGGGCUGAUGGGCAAGUUUGUGUUGAAGGCGUCGCUGAGUGCCCCUGGCAGCGACUACGGCAGCCCGUCGGUCAUCAGUGUUAGCAAAGGCAGCCCGGAUGGCAGCCACCCUGUCGUGGUGGCGCCCUACAGCGGCGGGCCUCCGCGCAUGUGCCCCAAAAUAAAGCAGGAGGCAGUCUCGUCGUGCACGGUUGGUCGGCCCCUAGAGGCCCACUUGGGCACUGGACCCCCUCUCAGUAAUGGUCACCGACCACCAGCACAUGACUUCCCCUUGGGGCGGCAGCUCCCCAACAGGACUACCCCGACCCUGGGUGCCGAGGAACUGCUGAGCAGCAGGGACUGUCAUCCUGCCCUAUCGCUCCCCCCGGGCUUUCAUCCCCACCCGGGACCCAACUACCCACCCUUCUUGCCAGACCAGAUGCAGCCACAGGUCCCACCGCUCCAUUACCAAGGUCAGUCCUGGGGAUUCAUAGCUCGGGCUUGGGAGCCUUGCCUGUGCCAGCCCUCCGGGGAGCAGGGGAUGAUGCUGACCCCAUCUUCUUCACUCUUAGAGCUCAUGCCUCCUGGUUCCUGCAUGCCGGAGGAGCCGAAACCAAAGAGGGGGAGAAGAUCGUGGCCCCGGAAAAGGACUGCCACUCACACAUGUGAUUAUGCAGGCUGCGGUAAAACCUACACGAAGAGUUCUCAUCUCAAGGCACACCUGCGAACCCACACAGGUGAGAAACCCUACCACUGUGACUGGGACGGCUGUGGGUGGAAAUUUGCCCGCUCUGAUGAACUGACCAGGCACUAUCGCAAACACACGGGGCACCGCCCAUUCCAGUGCCAGAAGUGCGACCGGGCCUUUUCCAGGUCGGACCACCUAGCCUUACACAUGAAGAGGCACUUUUAAAUCCCCAAACAGUGGAUAUGACCCACACUGCCAGAAGAGAGAAUUCAGUAUUUUUUUUUAAUCUUUCACACUGUCUCCCCCCUCCCAACUCCGGGGAGGGGGGGAGGGGAGAAACCCUGCUGGAAAGCACUACAAUCAUGCUCAAGUUCCCAACAAGCCAACUUGUGAAUGGAUAAUCAGGAGACACAAGGAAACCAGAAGACAAAUCAAAGAAC